AUGGAGAAGGGGAAUUACACAGCAGUGACUGAGUUUUUCCUGAUUGGACUUUCUCAGUACCCAGGCCUCCAGAUAUUUCUUUAUGUGAUCUGCCUACUGAUGUACCUAGUGAUUCUUCUGGGAAACAGUAUCCUUAUUAUCAUCAGCAUCUUGGAUCCCCGUCUUCAUAACCCUAUGUACUUUUUCCUUGGGAACCUCUCCUUCCUGGAUAUCUGCUACACAUCUGCCUCUGUUCCUCAGAUUCUGGUAAAUUUUAUGUCUAAGAGAAAAUCCAUUUCUUUCAGUAGGUGUGCACUUCAGAUGUUUAUGUCACUUGGAUUGGGGUCCACAGAGUGUCUGCUGCUGGCUGUGAUGGCUUAUGACAGGUACAUCGCUAUCUGUAAUCCCCUAAGAUAUACCAUCAUCAUGAAUAAGGAACUCUGUGUGCAAAUGGCUGCUUGGACUUGGAUUACAGGGUGUCUGAACUCAUUAGUACAAACUGUACUUGCUAUGAUGAUGCCAUUCUGUGGGAAUAUCAUUGACCAUAUUACUUGUGAGAUACUGGCCCUUCUCAAGCUAAUUUGUGUAGACAUUUCCCUCAAUGUGUUUAUCAUGACAAUUGCAAGUAUCAUUUUCUUAAUCACUCCUCUGCUAUUCAUUUUCUUUUCAUAUGUUUUCAUCCUCUCUACUAUCCUGAGAAUUAACUCUAGUGAGGGGAGGAAAAAAGCAUUUUCCACUUGCUCAGCCCACUUGACUGUGGUGAUUUUGUUCUAUGGGUCUGCUCUUUUCAUGUACAUGAAGCCCAAGUCCAAGGAAUCAAAGACUUCUGAUGAGAUCAUUGGGCUAUCCUAUGGAGUUGUUACACCAAUGUUGAACCCCAUCAUCUACAGUUUAAGGAACAAGGAGGUGAAAGGGGCUAUGGAGAAAAUUAUAUUGAGAAAUCUAUUUUUAAGAAAAAUAUGA